UGUUUGUUCGUUUAGAGUUGAAAGUUAAACAUUCAUACUCUUAUCACUCGUCGCCGAAUAAAAUCAGGUGAAAAAGAAAUGCGCGUUUAGUACACAAACUUUUUUUUAACUUCAUUGAAAAUUUGGCGCAUGACGCAGGGUUUAAAGAUAGACUUGUAUAUAUACACUAUUUCAAAUGUAUGAAUGGGGAAGAGGGACAGUUUUAAAUAUUCGUUUAAUGUUCCGAUAAGCUUAAGUGAGACAAUCUAAUAACUCAAAAAACUAAAUCACUCCGAAUUACCGACAAACAAGUAAUUACAACAAAUUGGAGGCGUGAUCCGGUUCACUGAAGCCAAUCCAAAUUCGUCUUGGGCCGAGGGGGCGGAGCUAACUCAGUGAGGCUUGGGGGUUAAUAGGAGACAAAUGGUUUCUCUUGCGUGUCGCCGAUAGGUUCAUUCAUAUGAUAUCAAUUCGUACUGGCUACAACAACUGAGAUAAUUGUCAGUCUAAAUUAUCAUAACUUAUUGAUAAUAGUGUGGGAUUUAUAAAUAAGGAGAAGUUUUUUUGGAGUUUGUCCAUAACAUCCAACACACGUGGAAAAGGAGGAGGAAGUUUUCUCACUUUCAACAUUUUUAUUCUUGAUCGACUUUAUGGAAUGUAUAAGAAUCGGUUUGUCAUAUUCCUGAGAAACUAUAGAUGGAUGAACAUACAAUGAUGAGGACUGGUACUAGUUAAAGAAUUUACUUCAAAGAAAAUUAUACAGUGAGAAACUUUACACUCGAACUACAGGAAUUAUACUGGAUAUUUCAUAAGGACAAGGUUCCAUACCAAGAUUACUUCAGUAAAACCGUCAAGUAUAAUUGAAGAGGUGUUGUGUUAUUAAAGAAUGAAUCGACUGGACUUACUGUCACUUCUCCUGGGAGUUUACGUACUUUUAUACCUGACGUCUGUUGCCGACAGUAUUAAAUGGCUCUCAUUAGCCAUGUCUUCCGGAGCUACUGCAACCAUUAGUUCGGCCAAUUACUGCGACUCUCUGGUAGGCCUUGUCAAAAGACAGAGGAGAAUCUGCAAAAAGAAUUUAGAAGUCAUGGAAAGCGUCAAGCUAGGAGCGCACGAGGCCAUACAAGAAUGCCAAUACCAGUUCAAGAAUAGGCGUUGGAAUUGCAGCAUGGUGGAUCCAAAAUCACUUUUUGGGAAUGUGUUAAAAUUAGGAACAAGAGAAGCAUCUUUUGUGCAUGCUAUAUCAGCAGCAGGUGUGGCCCAUGCAGUGACCCGGGCGUGUUCGAGUGGAAAGCUCACAAAGUGUGGUUGUGACCGAACUGUAAAGGGACCAAGUAAGGACGGAUUCGAAUGGUCCGGAUGUUCAGACAAUAUCGCAUAUGGGAUAGCAUUUUCUAAAACAUUUGUGGACGCCCGAGAGAAGAAGUCAAAGAAAAGUGGCAAGAAUGCAGGGAGAAGAUUAAUGAAUUUACACAACAAUGAGGCUGGCCGCUUGGCAAUAGAACAGAAUAUGAAAGUGGAAUGCAAGUGUCAUGGUGUGUCUGGAUCAUGCGAGCUGCGAACUUGCUGGCGAGCAAUGGCACCUUUCCGGGAAGUAGGGGCGAUAAUUAAGGAAAAGUUCGACGGAGCCACGGAAGUGAAGUCUGUGAUGACCAAGAAUCAUCCACGGCUAGUGCCGACAAAUCCACAGUUCAAGCCACACACAAAAUACGAUUUAGUGUAUCUCGUUGCCUCUCCAGACUUUUGCGAACCUGAUCCGAAAACGGGUUCGUUUGGAACCAAAGGUCGCGUGUGUAACAAGACAUCUAAAGCAAUUGAUGGUUGUGAGUUAAUGUGCUGUGGUAGAGGGUACGAAACACGGAAGCGAAAAGUCGUGGACAGGUGUUUUUGUAAAUUCCAUUGGUGUUGUUACGUCACUUGUCAAGAAUGUGAAAGGGAAAUCGAGGAGCACACGUGUAAAUGAGUUCCAACCAAAAUAUACUCGGUUUAUAAUUAUGAGAAAUCCCAAAAGAAGAAGUAGAGACAUUAUUAAAUGAAAUCCGCCGAAGACUCUUUUAACAGAGAUAGCGCAAUCAAUGUUAAAAAUUGUUAAUGACAACAUUCUCUAUGCAAGAGAAGUGCACAAAAGUUAACAUAUAAACAUUGAUGUUAUAUCAUGUGAGAUAUUAAACAGACUCGGUGAAGAUGGGUCUUGGUCCAAAUCCGAAACAGUGCACAGCUCCAUGUUGGUCGGAUACGAAACUGUGCGCAUAGACCAAAUGACCAAACUGGUUCGGCCAUCAGUUGCUGCCACAGUCAGUGCUGUAUUUUCAUGUAAUACAGGGGGUCAACAAUACUCACCUUCAGACAGAAUGAUAUUGUGAUCAUGUGAUAAUUUGAAUCAUGUUAUGAUAUAUUCCUUUUCUGAUACCUCAUUUCAUUCUCAUUGUACAGACAAUGCAUCAUAGCAUACCUCUAAAUGUAUCCUAUUCAUUAACUACGAUGUAGUGAUUUAGUUUAUGUUGUUCUGACGAUGCGUUGUCAACACUACCCCCUGUUUUACGAAAGUGCUAUUAUGAAAUAAUUAAUUUGCCUGUCUUGCCUUGUAUUUAAUUCCCCCCUCCCCCCAAAAAUCCGUAAAUACUCUUCAAAUAUUUGGUUUACACAAGUAUCUUUUGCCAUUCCUCCUGACUUCAACUGUUCAAGAAUUCAAUGUUUCAAUCAUUCACACACAUUAUUUAUUUACACGAAUCAAAACUGUUUUAUUGUUGAUAUUGUAAAUACAAAAGAUACAAAUACAUGUAUAUGUUAUCUACAAAUGCAAUAAUUACCAAUUGUGAUAUUAGUGUACAUGUCUCAUGAGUGACUGAACCAAAAAAUAAAAACUCGAAAAAAAUAUC